UUAAUGGCACAGUCACACGGCCACUUACGGUAGCUGCGGAUGCUUACGGAUAAAAGUCCGUAAGCAUCCGCAAGGAUCCGUAUCAUCCGUAAGCAUCCGUAUCCAUCCGUAAUUCAAUCCGCAGGAUCCGCAGACAUACGCAGAUCCGCAGCGGAAUUUUGAAAAUCUCAAAAUUUUGCUGCGGAUGAAAUAUACGUAAGCAUCCGCAGAAUAUACGUUAUCCAUACGUAAAAUACGUAACUCAUACGUAAGAUACGUAAACUCAUCCGCAGGAUACGUUAGAUACGUAACUGAUCCGCACACUUUGUCGGGUGUGCGGAUGCCUGCGGAUACAUAGGGGUACGUAAACACUAUUACGUAGGAGUUACGUAUGUUUAACGUAUUUUUGACAUAUAUAUUGCGGAUCUUACGAUAGGACUUGCGGUAAUUGCGUAUGCUUGCGGAUGGGAUACGAAUAUUACGGAUGGGAUACGGAUGUUACGGAUUAGAUAUGUAUGUUACGGUUGAGAUACGGAUAAUAUGCGGAAUUUUUACCUAUGUCUUCUUUCAUUUCGGCGGAUGUCGCCCAUGCCAAAUGGUCUUCACUUGGGUAUGCAACCCUGGAUGCUGCCAGCAUCCUCAUCAUUGUCAGUUCUUCAACUGUAGACUUUCACAGGUCACUCAAGAUGGAGAGAGAACGCCGCCUUGUGUUGCUGGAUUGUUUGAUGGCCAUCCAACACAAUCAGAUGCAGAUGAAGAUCCUGAUGGCCAAGAUGCAAGCCAUCCUUGAAAGGAGAAAAGAGAGGAUGUGUUGGGUUCGUCACUGGAUCACAUUGCGACCACACCAGGGUGCCUAUGGUAACCUGAUGCACCUGCUACGCAAUGAGGAUGUUCAGGGCUUCCGCAACUUCACCCGCAUCACACCUGCCAUGUUUGCCGAAAUGGUCACCCGCCUCACUCCUCGCUUACAGAAGUAUGAUACCUGGUACAGGAAGGCCCUUCCAGUAUGCUUGAAGGUCGCCAUCACCAUGCGCUACCUUGCCAGUGGGGACUCCUACCACAGCCUGAUGUACCUAUUCUAUGUACCCCACAACACCAUCUCACUCUUGGUGUUGGACGUGUGUCAGGCCAUCUACGCUGAGUAUGGCGAGGAGACCAUCAGCAACCCAUCUACUCCAGAGGGGUGGAAGGGCAUUGCCCAGACCUUCUCCGACCAGUGGAACUUCCACCAUUGCCUGGGAGCCUUAGAUGGCAAGCACAUCCGCAUCAAGGCACCCGCGAACUGUGGCUCCCAGUUCUACAACUAUAAGGGGUACAACUCGAUUGUACUCCUUGCCCUGGUUGAUGGCAACUACAAGUUCCGGUGGGUGGAGGUGGGAGCAGGUGGUGCGAGUUCUGAUGCCCAGAUUUGGAACACGUGCAGUCUGAAAGAGGCAAUUGACGAUGAGAACAUUGGAAUACCACCAGAUGAGCCACUGCCUCAUGACGAUCGAGACAUCCCUUAUUUCGUGAUUGCUGACGCUGCAUUUGCACUACGCACCACCCUGAUGAAGCCUUUUGGUGCCAAGCCACUGACCAUGGAGGAGAGGAUAUUUAACUAUAGACUGUUGUGGCUGCUCACUCACUGGAGGAUUCUUCCUGGUUUUUCUGCUACUUCUUCUGCCAGACAUGAUGCACACGAAAGUCCAAAAAGAUGGAGAAGAAACUGUUGAAUAACUGGAACUAGAUCUCAGACUUGAUGAAAUGCGACUGAAGCAAGCUCCGAUCCACGUGGGUUUAUAUGCGGAUGGUGCGGACGCCAGAGGAAGCCGACAUGCGCAGACACGAGCGUAACUUAUCCGUAUCGUCCGUAAGUCAUCCGUAUCGUCCGUAAGUCAUCCGUAUCGUCCGUAAGUCAUCCGUAAAAUCCGUAAGUCAUCCGUAAGUCGUCAGUAACAUGUGUCAGCGGGUUGGCAGCGGAUGGGUUCAUCCGCAGGUUUUACCCGUAACAUCCGUAAUUCAUACGUAACAUCAGUAACUAAUCCGUAUCGUCCGCAGAAUAUAGGUAACUUUUGCUCAAAUUUCCGUAUUGGGGUUAAAAAUUACGCAUUUUCAUUAUCCAAAUAUACGCAGGCAUCCGCAGGUCCGUAACAUGGCCGUGUGACUGUAGCAUAAGAGAU